UUUGAGUUUUUUUAUAUGUCAAUUUAAUGGAUGUUUUUUUUUAGCGUAUACCAUGAGGGAUCAUUAUUCCCCGACGAAUGUUGUUUGAUGUUUUAGAUUCACACGAAUCUAUGAAAUUAUAAAAAUGAAAAAGGAAAUAAAUGCACAAGCAUCAGAUAUCAAUGACGUGAAUAAUGCAUCUAGCCAGAAAUGCAAAUAUGAGUCAUAAAUUCCUGAAAACUGUCUGGGUCAUUUGCCUCUCGGGAACGAAGGUCAGCUGAGCAACAACAACAACACUUGGGUGACUUAGCAUCCUCUAGUAGAAAAUGGCAUCAGGUUAUUCACGCCUUGGAGGAGAUGAUGCGGGUGGAGGAAGAAGAGGAGGACGAGGAGGUGGCCAGAGAUCAUAUGGCACUAAUGACCCUGACGUGGGAUUUGCCCCAAGCGAAGGCAACUCUACAGAAUUCUUCCAGCUAUGUGAUAAAAUUACAACCCACCUUUUUACAAUCAAUGGUGCUGUGACAACUCUAGAACGUUCCCUGAAACAAGUGGGAACAAGUGGCGACAACCAAGCACUUAGAGACAGAAUCACAAAGACAAACAGCAGUGCUGGAGGCUCAGUGCAAGACGUUGCUGUGCUUUUGCGUGCUCUCCAACCCUUAACACGUGGCAACAAGCAGAGGCGUAUACAGACUGAGAGACUACAGAAUGAGUUCCAAACUGCGGCAACACGAUUCUCAGAAAUUCAGAAGAAAAUGGUCAACACGCUCAGAACAGCACGGUUGCCAGCUGACAUGGUGGCUGUGGAGCAAGAUGCAGCUGCAGCAACGACAGAAGAGAUGAUUGCCAGAGAGCAGAAGCGACAAGCGCAGUUAAAGGAAAUAGAGGACUUGGAAUUUGAAACAGCAAUGCAGUCUGAGCGGGAGGAACGAAUGCGUGCAAUUGAAGUUGACAUUAUUGACAUUAAUGAAAUCAUGCGUGACUUGUCAGCUAUGGUCACGGCACAAGGAGAAGUUAUUGACUCAAUUGAGGAUAAUGUAGAGACUGCACAUGGAAAUGUGGAAGAGGGACGAGAGCAGUUGCUGAAGGCUUCCACCUAUCAGAGCAAGUACCGUCGACGUGUCUGCAUCCUCAUCCUCAUCCUGAUCAUCAUCCUGGCAAUUGUUGGCAUCAUAAUCGGCAUCCACUAUGCGUCCAAUAAUUAGCAGUUGACUGGGUGCUAGAGUGACUUUUAUAUUAGUUUGUCACAAAUUCAACAGGUCAAUGGAGUCUCUGUUGAUCAAGAUACAUUCCAUUUGCAGAUACAAGUAGAUUUAUUUGUAAUAUAUGUAUGUAUUUUUUUUCUUUUUUUUUUCAUAUAUAUGUACAUCCCAAAGAUGCUAUCUAUAGAGUUCUAGUCACAAUCUUAGACAAACUUCAGUACUGAAACAAAUUCUUUAAUCUUAAUUUUCAUAAAUUCAGCUAAUAUUGUGUAAUGGAUUAUGAGCAUUGUUAUAAAUAGCUUAUGAUUAUAUUUGGAACCCAAAGCUCUGUAAAACCCUACCUAGCUUUUUCUUCUGUGGGGACAGAAUUAGGAUAUAGUGCAAAUUGUCAAAACUGGCAUGAAUGAGAAUGCAUAUCCUCAUGUAUUUAGGAGUUCUGUUUAUAAUUUUCUGUGGUAUGUUGUUAUAUUCAUUUAUAAAGGGAGGGUGUAUUAGAAUCCAUGAAAAGUGCAUCUGUGUAUUUGAACUUCCACACUCAAAUGUAUAUCUUGUCUCUGUUGGAAUCUUUUGAUUUUCAUCUCUCUCUCUCUUUAUCCGUGUUUAUAUGUGUGUAAAUGCAGGCAUGAGUGUGUGUGUGUGUGUCUGUUUGCAUAUGCAUGUUCAUGUUCUUAUUUGGAUGUCUUUCUUUUCAUUAUUAUUAUUAUCUUUUUUAAUUGAUUAUUUUUUAAACAUUGAAUAUUGUUCUAUUUUGUCAAAUCCCAGAUUUUCAGAGGUCCUUCUGGUCCCAGUAUUAGGUACUGCUUGUUUUUAGCCCUUAGUAUUAAAGUAUAAGUUGACAGGAUUAACAGUUUCACUGCCGUAUCUUCUGCUGUAUGUGUAUGAGCUGUGAGAAGGUGAGGUUGAUUAAACUUAAGACAUCUUUAGAACUUUUUUGUGGCUUGAGAAUAGAAAAAGUAAUUGAAGCUAUCAUUGUUAUUUCUCUCAUUAUUAUUAUCAUUAUUAUUAAUUGUAUUUUUUUGUUUAGUUCAUUUAGGUAUGGAAGUUUUUUGGUGCUUUUUAUAAUGAUUUUUGAAAAAUCCUAAGGGUAUGAUAGGUCCAUUACUUUUUUUUUCUCUUUUUUCAUGAUGUAAAAGUGGUGCACAUUAAUAGCCACUUUUUCCUUAUUAUAUUAAUUUUUGCACAUUUAUAUAACACUAGAUUAAGACACAUUUAGAGCUAUUUCAAUGUGAAUUAGAGCACACAUGGGCAUGAUACCAACAACAGCUAUAAUGUUUAUAAAAGUUUGUAUUGUACAAAUGUGAUUUUGUUUAAUACUUUAAACAUCAGAUUAUUAUUUUUUCUUUUUUUUCUAUUUUUUUACCUUUACUUUUGUUGAAUUUUAAUUUCCUUUUUAUUUGUAUGACUCUACUUUUAUUUUUGAAUUCUGCUUAAAAUGGGCCAGAUGUCCCCACAGCAAACGCUGCUACAUAUUGUGAUAAAUAAUGAUAAUGAACGCAAAGGCCAGUUUUUGUUAUGAAUUGGGUCCCUGUACAGUUCCAUGUGGAGAGUGAAAGAUCUUAUAUUUUCUUCAUUUGUUUAUAGCAGAGGGUUGAUAAUGUUCAACUGUUUGUGUUGUUGUCGAUAAGAUUAUUAUUGUUUAUAUAUUAUUAUUAUUGUUAUUGUUAUUAGGAUUAUUAUUAUUACUAUUAUUAUUAUUAUUGUUAUUAUUAUUAUUAUUAUUAUUAUUAUUAUUAUUAUUAUUAUUAUUAUUAUCAUUAUUAUUAUCAUUAUUAUUAUUAAAAAGUUUUUUUUUCCAUGAGAUCUUUUUGAUGUUAUUUUCUCCAGUACCAUUCGGAAACAUAUACAAACACAAUAACUUA